AUGGUUUCACCAGAAGAGCAAGCAACAAUCAAUGCGCUUCAGGCCAACUGGGCUUGGCCUCCCAACUGGGUUGAUUCAUCUACAGAAAAUACGGCUGGAAGAAUAGUCAAAUUCACGCGUGAGCUCAAUCUUUCCAGUAUACCGACACGCGCACUACUGCAUUUCUCUGCCGACACGAGAUACAAGUUCUAUGUCAAUGGCACCCGAGUCGCUGUUGGGCCGUCGAGGAGCAGUCCGUGGAUUUGGUACUAUGAUACACUUGAUAUAUCUUCGUAUCUUCAUGCUGGAAUUAAUGAGAUCCGGUUUGUCGUCCUGCGCUAUUUUGCGGCUUCGCGAGGGGCGAUGCCAUUCGAGAGGACUUCGAUGCCGGGUUUGACGGUUGUCGGAAACGCGGAGACCGCUGCGGAAACCGUGCAAAUAAGCACCGGGGAGGGUUGGCAGGCUGAGGUCGAUUCUAGCAUUAAAUUUCCGAUGGGAUUGAUUGAUGAUGGGUUCCUUCAUAUAAGCGAGCGUAUUACUCCAACGACAGCGAAUCCACCUGUCAUACUGACAAAGUACGGCUUGAAGACACUGAAUGGUGAUCUUCUACCCUGGCGUCUCCGUCCACGUGCAAUUCCCAUGCCAGAGGAGAGCCCUGUUUCCGUUAGCAUUGUGAGGCUGUGUGAGAGCAAAGCCUCACCCGAAAGCUGGGCCACAUGUUUCUCUGAAAGCAAACCAUUGGUGUUACCUAGUGGCUCCACACAUAAUGUAGAGCUGCAGGCAGAGGUUCAUUCCACUGCGUUUGUACGAUGGGCUUUUCGAGCAACUGAAAAACAGUCCCAAGUCAGAUUGAAGAUAACGUACUCGGAAGGCUACGAGCUUGAACCGCGGCAGUACCCAUUCUUCCGGACAAAGGCUGAUCGUUUGGAUGCAACUGACGGACAUCUUAUUGGUCCCUAUGACGAGAUAACUUUGGAUCUUCCAGGCACGGAGAAAGUCAUAUAUGAACCAUUCUGGUUCCGCACCUUUCGUAUUAUGCGCCUUGAAAUUGCCGUUGGGUCUGAGCCUGUUGAACUCUUGUCAUUCGACGCUACCCAAGUUAAUUAUCCCCUCAAUGUCAGAGCUAGCUGGAAGGAGCCCGGGGAUUCACAUAGUGAGAAGAUGUGGGAGGUUUCAAUCCGGACCAUGCGAAACUGCAUGUUUGAUGGAUACUCGGACUGUCCUUUUUACGAACAACUUCAAUACUCUGGUGACAGCCGCGCCGUCGGCCUUUUCCAUUACCUCCUCUCUGGAGACGACAGACUCAUGCGACAAGCAAUUACCAAUUUUGCAUCAUCCAUAACCUCCGAGGGCCUUACACAAUCACGGUUCCCAUCGCAUGUUCCUCAAUUAAUUGCAGGCUUCUCCCUUUACUGGGUUCUUCAAGUAUGCGAUCACCAUCUCUUCUUCGGCGACACGCGCUUUGCGCGCUCUUUCCUACCGCGAAUCGACGGCGUUCUGGAUUUUUUCGAUAGACAUGUCGAUCAUCUUGGUCUUAUCAGUGGCUUACCGGAAGAUGUAUGGCAGUAUGUCGACUGGGUGACGAGCUGGGGCGCAACAGACGAGCAUCCGGAUAAAGGGGUUCCAACUGCUGGCAGGACAUCAAACCGUCAUACGUAUUUCAGUAUGUUGUACGCUUACGUCUCGAAGCAAGCUGCACGGCUCGUGCGCGAGGUCGGACGACCAGGUCAUGCAAAGGAGUAUGAGGACCGCGCUGCAUCAGUGCUUGAAGCUAUUGGAAAACACUGCUACGACGGACGAUUCUUCACGGAUUCCACGGCAGAUAUUGCCAAUGAACAGGCAUACUCGCAGCACUGCCAGGUCUUUGCAGUUCUCUCUGGCGCGGCAGAUGUACUACUCAAGGAUACAAACGACUCUUGUGCCCGUCUUCUAACGGAAUCUUUCUCCAACGAUCGCUUCUCACAGUGCUCAUACAUGAUGCAAUUCUACGCUCUGCGCGCAUUUGCUCUCGCUGGCGACGAAACGUACGAGAUAUAUUGGCAGAAAGUAUGGGACCCAUGGCGUGGGAUGCUUGCUAAUAACCUAUCUACAUGGGAAGAAGACGCUGUGCGUCAGCGCUCCGAUUGUCAUGCUUGGGGCAGUGUUCCGAUUUACGAGUACUGCACGGAGCUAGCGGGCAUACACAUACUUUCCCCGGGAGCGAAGAAGGUGCUUUUCAAGCCGCGGUUGGGAUUGAGUGACUCUGUUGAGGCGAAAGUUGCGUUGGGGAGGGACAAUUUGGCAAGUGUAUUUUGGGAAAGUCGUGCUGGAGGAACGGAUAUUCAUGUCGACUUGCGCUUGGAAAAUCCGGUUGAGUUGAUGAGCCAGCUUCCUGGAGGAAAAGUGGAAGAACACGGUGUGGUUGACCGUGUUACGUUGCUUUAUAGUUUUUAA